AUGACAUUAUUAUUUAAACCUUUAUAACUUAAAGACUCCUUAUUAUUAUUAGGGUUAGCAUCUCAACCUCAAAUAGGAGAUAUUAAAACUUACAAAAAAAAUUUAUUCUUUUGGUCUUCGAAUGAUUUUGAAUUGUAAAUUUGUGAUUAAUUUUAUUUCAGAACUAAAUUCAAAAAAGACUUACAUUCAAAUGAGCUUUAAAAUUAUGUUUUCUAAUAUUUUUCAAAUAGCAACAUUAUUGGAACGAUCUUCAAUAUUGUGAGAAACAAAGAGUAAAAAUUAAUUUUUUAAUAGUAUUGGACCAGAAGAUUCUAAGGGGAGAUUGUAUAAUAAAAUAGAUUUAAAAUUUAAAGCCUUAUUUACACAAAAGAGGGUCAUAACGAAUAAUAACAGAGAGCAAGUUAUGAGGAAAGGAGGUUGUGAAUAGAUUGAGGAAUAAUGCUUGAAGUAGAUUAGGAACAAAUUAGAGAAUAUUCAUAUUAAAGUAAAAGGUUCUGGAGACAAUUUAUUACAGUGGAAUGCUUGA